AUGUUACCGCCAACAUUAUUCCAGUACAGCAAUAUUGAUUCGACCUUGAAGGCGAUUGCCCCAUUUGUUGUUCCAAUGGCUGUCCACUACAACCCGAUCACCAAGGAGCCCUAUCUCCAGCUCCCCGCGCCAUGCGCCAACAUCAUCAUCACCCCGUACCGCGAACACCAGAUCAAAGAGACUGUCCAUGUCAUGACUGGAAUUCUGAACGAUCCAAGAGUCUAUACCUGGCUACAAGGUCCCCCUUUCCCAUUUCUGCCUGAACACGGCGAGUCCUGGGUUGGGAUGAAGAUACAGGAGAACAAGGCCGUGUUAUCAGCGCUCCAAAAGGAGUUCGAGGCCAACAUCGAGCAGGAUAAUGCACCCUGUCAAGACGAAAAGGAGAUCUUCGACAAAUGUCCUUUUCUUUGCAUUCGCGAAGUAGGGGAAAGAGACUCCUGCGGCGCCCCUUUGCAAGAUACCCUGAUCGGGGAGAUUGCACUCAUCCGAUAUCAGUUUUAUGAACUCCGACGCAACAGCUGGGAACUUGCAUUAGUGCAGGCGCAUCACAAUCAAUUGUCCGCGGGGCAUGAUGAUCUGAUCUGGAGUCUAGGAUAUUACCUUUCCCCCACUCAUCAUGGAAAGGGGAUUAUGAGUCGUGCUGUGCAGACUGUGCUUAGGGAUUGGGCUUUGCCUCGAAUGAAUCUGAAACAUCUCAGAGGUAGCUGGGUGGUUGGAAAUGAGGGAAGUCGGAGGGUCUUUGAGCGCAACAACUUCGAAGACGUGGGCUCUUUCAAAGACUGGUUACCCGGAAACCCCAAGAAGAAGCUGGGGAAGAUGUCGAUUGUCAUUAUGGAAUGGAGAGGGUUGGAGAGCGCUGCAUCGGGAGUAGCCCGUGCCCCUUAA